AUGAGCAAUUCGUUGACAUCAAAACUGUCAGAUCUCAGUGUAACCCCACACUCAGUCAGUGCCAAAUCCGAUGUUUAUAAUGGAGUAGCUGAUUCACAAGAAAACCAAGUUAGAGCUGAGAAGACCAAUCCCUGGAAAUGUCGUCCCACUCAGCCGUCAGAAAACAAACUCCUUGAAGCCGAUGUUUGGCCAGAACCUUCUGUGCCUUCGGAGCGACGUAGUUUUAACCAAAAGAUCGAAGAAAAGCCCAAAAACAGUACGAACGUUUUAGUUAAUCCAUUUGACUUUGCAGAGAAACUAAAAUGGCGUGAACUUGAUAUCGAGCCACCGGCGCACCCCAGUGGCGUUCGUGGUCGAGGUCGUUUCUCAGGUAUGGCUUCUGGAAACGCCCCAUCCUAUCAAGGUCCCUCUAACUCGGGUCAGAUGCGAAACCGCAGAGGCAAUGGCUAUGGGCGGGGCCGUAUAUCCGAUUCAGCUCGUGGGAUGCGGCCUAUGAAUGGUUACUAUCAGCGCAUGCCUGAUCGCGCUUCUUUCCCACACGAAGCCAGCGAACGCCAGAACGUGCCUCAUUCGGGGUAUCAUGCACAAGAAAAUGCGUCCUUGGGUGCCAACACCACGCGCGGCACAAACACGGGGGAGCAAACAGACAAGGCUCCAUCAGAACUGAAGUCAUCUCCUCAGGGUGUUAACAGCAGGCGUUAUAUGGGAAAUGUGACCGACUCAACUGGCCGUCCUGCCCGUUACACUGAAUCGUCCUUCAAUCGGCCCCGGCGCCCGCCUGUUCGUGGUCAUGGUUAUGGGUACACCAAUUCGCCAAAAGGUGCAGCUAUCACUGCUCCGACCCUGCCUAUUCCAGCCGUUGCACCAGGCAAGUUCUUGACCUAUCUGCUACCUGGACUUAUGCCAGGAUGUAUGGGUGGUGCUCUUCUCAACCCUGGCGUCACAAUCAGCUCGAACAAUGUAACCGAAAGGCGUUCAGCCCUGGACGGUAACCCAGUACAGGCGAUCUUAUUGCCUGCCCAAGCCGUCCCAGUCGUGGCCGGAGAUCAGACCCAAAUACAGGCGACACCCAUUGUUCCUCUACAGGCGUCGGCCGUUGCGACUGGAGGGCUUACCAGCGAUUCCGUCAGUGAAAUCCCCGAAUCUCCCGCUGUCACAUCAAUAGUGACUGAAGUAGUUUCCCUGGAACAAAUGCUGGAGUAUAUAAUGGAGAUCGGUUGGAAUAAAACCAAAAUACCGGAAUGGCUUAAGGACAACCCAGCCAUAAUGGCGGCGGCGACAGCGGAUACAAACAAACCCGAAGAGUCUCAAGACUCGAUCAGAUCAGAGACUAGUGAGGCCCAAUCACAGUCAUCGGACUCGGUGAAAGCCAGUGAGACUGAAAGACCGGUGAAGCAAGACGAUGUUGUUAUUGUGGACGACAAAGUUUUCUUCGUGCCACGUAAUUCGCAUCACACAAAGUUCCUCAAAUUCCGAUCCAAACUCGACUACAUUCGUCAUCAUGUGGAAUACUACUUCAGCGAUGCCAACCUUCAGAGGGAUUUCCACCUGGUUACCAUUCUCUCAGAAAAUGACCACACGUGUCCACUGGAGAGUCUGCUUCAGUUCAACAGGCUUCGCUGGGCAAAGGCUACGGAGUCCGAGCUUCUAGAGGCAGUUUUAUCAAGUCCCGCAGUUACUGUUGUUUACUCGAAGGACAACAAACCGCUGGGGGUCUCGCAGCGCACGGCAAUUUCAGUCGUUCGCUCCCCGCCAAAUUACCCCCCGUCGUCCAAAACGUCAAUACCAGAUACUAAUCCGACCGCUCCGGCUGUCACUCCGGCUACUUCGGAGACAUCUCGCCCCUUCGCAAGCCCAGAUGACCCCAAAUCUUCCAAACAAGGCGCCGAAAAUGAGGCUCCUUCUGUGACUACCUCGACUGACACUGUCACUACAGUGGAUUCUAACAACUUUUUUGUGGAGACUGUGAUGCUUCCUUUCUACGCCGGUGGUCAAGUUCCUCAUGCAGCAUACGCUAAUCUCCCCUUUGUCAUGCCACAGCAAAGAAUCCAAGUCCCUACCAUCGGCCAGGCCCAGUUCAGCCAACCGCAGCAUUUCUAUGCCCUUCAGUCAUCCCAGGGCUACCUGUUUCCGCCCGCUUACAUGUAUCCCAAUCCUGUCACUCAGCAGCAAAACAUCUCUCUUCUUCAGUUGUCUAAUCAGACACCCUAUUAUGUGUCUGCUGCUGGCACUCCUGCUCAUCCCAGUGACGCAUCUUCCCUUGCGACGGCCCAAGCAGUGGCAGCCGCAGCAGCAGCACAACAACAGACUGUCCCGUUUCCUAACGCCCAGCCUGUCUACGCUGUCCCANAGUCUGUCUCAGCCAAUGUCAACGGCGGUGCCGGCAACUCUAGAGCGCAGGUCAAUCCUCAGGCUGCUGGUGGCGGUGGCACUUUUGUUCCCCUCACUACCCUGCAGAACAUGGCGCAAACAUCACCACAGCUGCCUUCCUACCCAGGUGCUGCCGUCUCACCCGCACCAUCGACUUCGGUUGCGGGUGCAUACGGUCAGAAGUUGUCCACAGUCUCUGCUCGGUCGCACCAUAAUCAGAUGAACCAACGUCUAGUCAAUUCACAAUACACUCAGGUCGCUGCUGCUGCUACUGCUACGCCAAAUCCUACAGUAAAUGCCAGGCCAGUGAAUCCGAUGUCUGCUGAACCUGACCAAAAGUCACCAGUGUCUGAGGAGGUUGUAGAUGCUUCUACCUGA